GGUUUAACUCAUGCCAAAACCACCAUUGCCAUUCCAAAUUCUUUAAAGAAACCAUCUGAAUUCUUGGAUAUGGUGGAGCCACUUAGAGAAGUAAGAGAUGGAUACAUUAUAACUCUAAAUUUAGGGACACCCUCUCAAGUCAUCCAGGUAUAUAUGGACACUGGAAGUGACCUUACUUGGGUACCCUGUGGAAAUCUAUCUUUUGAAUGCUUAGAUUGUGAUGAUUAUAGAAAUAACAAGUUAACGGCUAGUUUUUCUACAUCUCGAUCCUCUACAUCUUCACGAGAUUCUUGUUCGAGUCCCUUUUGUAUUGACAUCCACAGCUCGGAUAAUUCCUAUGAUCCUUGUGUCAUUGCUGGAUGCUCGUUAAGUACCCUACUCCGGUCCACUUGUUAUAGGCCGUGCCCUUCUUUCGCUUACACCUAUGGUGAUGGUGUCGUUAGUGGAACGCUUACUAGGGAUAUCCUUAGGGUCCACACAAGUACACCUAAUGCCACUAGGGAGAUUCCUAAGUUUAGUUUCGGUUGUGUUGGUUCCACAUAUAGAGAACCAAUAGGAAUUGCAGGUUUUGGCAAGGGAUCACUCUCAUUCCCUUCACAACUAGGGUUUCUUCAAAAGGGUUUCUCUCAUUGUUUCUUGCCUUUCAAAUUUGCCAACAACCCUAAUAUUUCAAGCCCUUUAGUUGUAGGAGAUUUAGCAAUCUCUUCCAAAGAGUAUUUGCAAUUUACACCAAUGUUGAAGAGUCCCACGUAUCCAAACUACUAUUAUAUUGGUCUAGAGGCCAUAAUUGUAGGCAAUGCCACUGCACCAACACAAGUACCCUUAACCUUGAGAGAAUUUGAUUCUUUUGGCAAUGGGGGCAUGAUAAUCGACUCAGGAACCACUUACACUCACUUACCUAAGACACUAUACUCACAGCUUCUCUCAGUCCUCCAGUCAGCGAUAACAUUCCCUAGAGCUGAGGAAGUUGAGGAGAGAACUGGUUUCGAUCUUUGUUACAGGGUUCCAUGUCCCACAAAUAACAUUCUCGCAGACGAUCUGCCUUCGAUCACAUUCCAUUUCUUGAACAAUGUGAGUCUUAUACUGCCUCACGGGAACAAUUUCUAUGCUAUGGGCGCGCCAAGUAACUCUAGCGUGGUGAAAUGUUUGCUGUUUCGGAGCAUGGAUGAGAGUGAUAAUAAUUAUGGACCAGCUGGGAUUUUUGGAAGCUUUCAACAACAAAAUGUGGAAGUUGUUUAUGAUUUAGAGAAGGAAAGAAUUGGAUUUCAGACAACAGAUUGUGCAUUGGCUGCAGCUUCACAGGGACUUCACAAGACUUGAAACUUCCUCAAGUCCUAAGUUAUGUUUUAUAGAAAGCAAAACCUGAACGGAAAGAACC